GAGACCCCCAGAGGGAGAGGGAGGGACUGGCGUUCGGUGCCACGUUUGCUCCCAUGUCUGAGGGCAGCGGCUGCGGGGAAGUGCAGCGGCUGCUCAGGGAGGGAAGACUUGCCGGGGGCUUACCCGGGGGGGCAGUCCUGCCGCCAUGCCGCUCGUGCGUCCUCCACAGGCCCGCCGGGCGCUCGCUUUCGCCCUGCUGCUGGCGGCCUGCGUCAGCGGGGCUCUGAUACCAGAGCCAGAGGUGAAGGUCGAGGUGCUGUCCAAGCCUUUCAUCUGUCAAAGGAAGACCAAGCUCGGCGACAUGUUGCUGAUGCAUUACUCCGGCUUCUUGGAUAAGGACGGCACCAUGUUUCACUCAAGUCAUAAGCAGAACAACGGGCAGCCAAUCUGGUUUACGCUCGGGAUUAAAGAAACCAUCCAAGGCUGGGACCGAGGUCUACAGAACAUGUGUGCAGGGGAGAAGAGGAAGCUGACUAUUCCACCAGUCUAUGCUUAUGGGAAAAAGGGAAAAGGAAAAAUUCCCCCUGAAAGCAUUGUGAUAUUUGAAAUUGAGCUUCUUGAGAUCAGAAAUGGACCAAGGUCUCAUGAUUCAUUCAUGGAAAUGGACCUCAAUGACGAUUGGAAAUUGUCCAGAGAUGAGGUGAGGCACUAUCUCCGCAAAGAGUUUGAAAAAUACGGAGUUCCACAAAAUGAGACCCAUCAGGAGAAUCUGGUGAAAGACAUCUUUGACCAUGAAGAUGAAGACCAUGAUGGGUUUAUAUCUUCCAGGGAAUUUACCUAUAAGCACGAUGAGCUGUAAUUUGGUUUUUGCUCCAUACCAGCAUACUUGGACACUCUGCGUGUGAAGUUAUGAGUUUAUUCUCUGAACAGAAAAGUAACCAAUAGAUUAUAGCUCUGUUUAUUCCAAGAUUACAAAGUAAACCAGAUGUGUAAAGUUGUUUUUAGUAUUUUGUAAUUCCAAUGUAUUGAUGCUCCUUUUAAAAGAAGAUCAUGGCUGAUCUAUUAUUCUGCAAUGGCUUGUUCAGAUAUUCUGGAUGUGCAGUGAGUGAAGCCAUUUUUGUGCUGCUGCCAUUACCUGUGGUACAGUAUUCGGAUCUUAGGAACAUUCAGAACAGUGUUACUGACACCCUCCAGUUGUACAGUGUUUGUUUAGAAAGAACUUUUUGCCAUCACUUCAAAGAAUGCAAAGACCUAACUGUCAUCAUGGCAUUGGAAGAUGGGGUAGAGUCUAAUGAAAAUCUGUUAUAUCCAGUCAAUUCUUCAACAUGGGACCUGACAUCCAUUUUACACUAUUAUCUUCCUGCCAUUGAUAUUUGCUUUAAUUUAGUGUGUAAAAAGCAGUAAACCUGCAGCGAGGAGUUGAAUAUAUUUUUAAAAAAUGACUUGGUACUAGAAGUGGAAAAUAUUCACAUCAUCUUAACUUUUUUUCCCAAAUGGAAAUAGACCCUUAACACCAAACACAUUUGCAAACUAUACUCAGAUGUCUAUAAUUGGACCAAUCCUUUUGGCACAGCUCUUGUAUAAUCUUUUGCCGCCUUUAAAUCAAAUUGUUGCAAGAAGAUUUCCUAAUGCUACAAAAGCCAAAGAUCCUAGGCUUUUAUUAUAAAUACAGACUUGUGAGGGUUUAGUGUUCCUACUAUCAGAAUUAUUGAUGAAAGUAUAAUCCUCAUGUACUUGAUCUUGCAGAUUAAAUACUAGACAAAAAUAUGCUUACUUAAUCGAUGCUUCAUUAACUUACUUGGAUUGGGAGCUACAAUUCAACUGACACUUUCUGAUUAGGAUCAAGCUCUGCAAAUAUGUGCAGUGUUUUUGUUUUGAGGUUCACACUAUUCCACUGAUGUCUGGUUCAGUAUGACCUGCCAGCAGAUGGGUACAUAAUUUCAACCAUUAGAAACCUGCAUCUUGCCAGCACUUUAGAUUUGAGGUCAGUGAGCAGAGCUCUGGAUGAUUCUAUAUAUGUCUCUGGUUUCCCUGAUUAGAAAUCGGACCAAGUAGGCAAUAUAACCUCUCUAAUAUUGGAGCCAAUGUAUUAUUGGACCAGAAAUCAAUUUCAUUUGUACAGAUCAGGGAUACAACUGAGUAAUUGAUCAGGGUGAAUCGGCAGAACUUGAUCAACAUCUAAAGAUAAAAUUAGAUAAUGUGUCAGGUGUGACCCCACUUUCCCCCGCCCCACCCAUUGCAAGGCUUUUCCUUCUGCUCCCUUAAUGCUGAAAGUUUAUUUCAUUUUGCAAUAGGACAAACAAUAGUUAUACUCAGAUAUUGAAGUUUUACAGCAGACUUUGCUACUACACAAAAAAAAUGCAAUGUGACUGAAGCCUCGCCCUCAUUACGUUUUACCCCCGCUUUAUGUGCCAAAUGCUUGAUUCAGUUCCUUGGCAUACAAUAACACCUGCAGUAAGUUGUGGCCUGGCUCCAUUACUUGGUUGGAUAGCUCAGGAAACAGAGAAUAGAUGUUCUGUGUCUUUUGUAUCUUUAAUUUAUGGAAACUGUCUCUGGAGAUGUUGGAUUCACAUUACACAUGUAUUUCAGCGUCAGGACCCACAAGGCAAGUGGGACAGGCUUCUAUAUGUCAUGGGACAAUGAUUUUGAGCAAUGAUUUUAUCUCAUUAAUGCAGGAGUCAAAACAACACGCAAUUGGUUAGGAUGGUCUGAUUUAACCCAAAUUGAAAUCUGACAUCUUGCCACUGGUUUAUCGUGUUUUAAAUACAAAAAGAUAGGUGCACAAUAACAACUGUUGUUGCAUCUUUAAACCAUAACAGGAGCUGUUAAAAAAAACCUUUACUAAUGGACCAAAUAUCAUUGAGCCUCCAGCUUUGUAAUUCUUUUAUAUGAAAAUAAACAUUUUCUUACACCUC